AAUCUCUCUCUUAGAAUAGCAUUUUUGCCUUCUUAUUAUGAACAAUGGGGUUUUCAUUUGUCAUUGUGCUCUUUUUUCCCUCUUUCUGCAGAAAGAAUUGAUAAGGACAGUGGAUCUAGGUCCUUUCAAACACACAGUAGAUGAUGGGCUUGAAUUAAGGAAGGCUGCUUUUGAAUGUGUGGAUACUUUGUUGGAUAGUUGUCUUGAUCAAGUGAAUCCGUCAUCUUUUAUUGUUCCAUACCUUUUAUCUGGUUUAGAUGAUCAUUAUGAUGUGAAAAUGCCUUGCCAUCUUAUCCUUUCAAAGUUGGCUGAUAAGUGUCCUUCGGCCGUAUUAGCAGUGUUGGAUUCUUUGGUGGAUCCUCUCCAGAAAACUAUCAACUUUAGGACUAAACAAGAUGCUGUCAAACAAGAAGUAGAUCGUAAUGAAGAUAUGAUCAGGAGUGCCCUCAGGACAAUUGCAUCCUUGAAUCGCAUAAGGUAUGCUAAGAUUUUUGUACGACUUAUUUCCUUUCUGCAUGAUGACCCAUAGUGGUAUGAUGGUAUC